CACAAACAGGACGGAAAAAGAUCGCCCAUUUCACCUACAUCCUCCCCACCGCUCUUCCACCCUCAAGACCCAUCAACCCACUUCCGCCCAGAAGCAGCAGCAGCAACCGUAACAGUAACAACAACAACAACUACAAUAACCAUGGACUUUUCGCAAUUCAACGAUGCCGAGCGCAACCACCUUCAGCGUGUCAUGGAGCAGAAGCAGAUGAAGGACUUCUUGAAGCUCUACAGUGGACUCGUCGAGCGCUGCUUCACGGACUGCGUCAACGACUUUACUUCCAAGACCCUCACUUCAAAAGAGGAGGGCUGCGUACAAAAGUGCGCCGAUAAGUUCUUGAAGCACUCGGAGCGUGUCGGUCAGAGAUUCGCAGAGGCCAACGCCGAGAUGAUGGGUGGAGCCAAGUAGAGAGAGAGACCACAAUUUCUUGUAUUUGUUAAAUAAUGGACGAUCCUUCAACAACAAACAUGCAUCAAGCAACCCCAACCAGCCAAAAAGGAAUAAAACAAAGCAA